AUGCGGGCAAGCCUUACACCACACCAAUUGCAAACUCCACAAGACCUCGUAACAGUCUGUGAAAGGACUAAGUUAACAAGGGAGAAAUUAAGAAAAAUCAAUCUGCUGUUAAAAUAUGCUCCCAUACUAUGUUUCCAAAUCGGAUGCUGUUCACAGUCGUCAAUAGGAAAUACUUUUAUAAGUAGCAAAGGCUAUUCCUAUGUUCGAGAUGGCGGGCAAGUAUCUCCAUCACAGUUGCAGACGCAUUUUGUUUGUAAUGGAUGGACCGAUGAAUUCCGCUUCUGCUGCCUGGCCCGCGGCGUAGGGCACUGCCACCCCCCGCCAGACGAGUUCAGUUCUUGCGAAGACCUUAUGAGCAAUAUCAUGCUGCGAGUGAGCGUGUGGGUUCUCGGAACGCUCGCUCUCUCCGGGAACUUCAUUGUCAUCGUCUGGAGAAUCUACGAAAGCGACAAUAAGGUUCACUCGUUUCUAAUCACCAAUCUUGCCCUGGGCGAUCUCUGUAUGGGAUUCUACCUAAUCAUUAUAGCUGCUGUGGAUGUUAAUUACCGCGGUGUUUACUUUAUAUAUGAUGCAAUCUGGAGGAGUUCCUCUCUGUGUCAGCUGGCUGGGUUCUUCUCCACCUUUUCCAGCGAGUUGUCGGUGUUCACUCUCACAGUCAUCACACUCGAGAGAUUUUCGGUCAUCAUUUUCCCCUUCCGGACCACGAGGCUGAACAUGCAGUGGACGAAGAUCAUCAUGGGCGUGGUGUGGGCAUCUGUGGGCGUCCUAGCAGCUCUUCCUUUGGCUGACAUUCAUUAUUUCAGAUACACCUGUAAGGCUAGAAGAGAUCGUAAACAAGGUUUCGAACACAAGCCGCUUGCUGCCGUAGUACGUCUAGAUCCGUUCAGGAAUAUUCUUAUCAAUCCGAAUCUACAGCGUAAAACACCUGGAUAA